AUGAGUAGCAUCUACCUUCCAUCAUGGACGGAACAGCAGAACCUAUUCAAGCUAUCGUGUACGGAUGCGGAAACGUGUGACCAACUCACUAGCAUGGACACCCACAUUUCUUCUUUGCAAAGGACAGACUCUGAAUUGGGUACAAAAAAGAUGGCCAUUCCACGCCUUGCGGAAGGAACAGAGUCGGCAUUUACCUCUCCUGGUCGAUUCCACCGCCGACACGUCCGUCGAGCAUGCGAGUCGUGUCGACAAAGAAAGACUAAAUGCACCGGAGACAAGUCUGGGUGUCGCAAUUGCCGUGAAGCUGGCAUUAUCUGCUGCUAUACUGACGGCAAGCGAGAGAAGUCCAAACGGCAGCUGGCCAGCUUAUCGGCAAAGGUGAAUGCUUAUGAGGAUGUCAUCAAGAGACUUAGUAGUCGAUUCGGUGUUUCCGAUGAGCAACUUGUUAACAUUGCGUUGACAGCAAGUGCUGCUCCGGACCUUACACUUAACGGGGAUGGAAAUGGCAAUGGAGAGCAGAACACCUCUUUGGACUCAGAGCCUCCGCCAUCUCGACACUCGCCCACUACUCCUAUGGAUCUAGUCGACCAUACAGAUGAAGACUUCAAUAGAGAUGAGACUGCUCGUGCAACUGGAUUUAUUGGUAAGAGCUCGGAAAUAAACUGGCUCCAGAAGCUCGGUAAAGAGGUCAACAACGAGUCUGAAGGCUGGUCUGGAAGAAUGUCAAACUCAGAUGAUGUCAAUGGGUUACCAUCUCCCACGUUGACGCCCCACCCGGAUAACCCCGUUGAUGCUCUAAUGGCGUCUGCGAACUUUUAUCUUGAUGACAUGGAUAUACCAGGUAAAGAUAAAGUUGAUGCACAUGCUGUCCCGUCACGGGAGACUGCAACAAAACUUCUAAAUGCGUAUCUUACCUCGGUCCAUCCAUCUUUUCCAAUCAUUGGCGUUUCUACGUUCGUCUCUCAGUUCCAGGUCUUUUUCAGUCAACCAAUGUUGAAGCCAGGAGAUAAAUGGCUAGCUAUACUCAAUCUAAUUUUUGCAGCCGCAGCCAAAUAUGGACAGUUGACCAAUGCGGACUGGAAAGAAGGGGAAGAUGACCACGAGCUCUACUUUGCACGAGCAAGAACUUUGAGUUUAGAAGAUCAGCUCCUACAUCAUCCAGACCUACAGCAGCUACAGGUUGAAGGUCUUGCUUGCUUGUACAUGAUUUCUUCUGGACACAUUAACCGAGCAUGGAAAUUGUCCGGAAGUGCCGUUCGAGGGGCAUUGGCACUUGGCUUACAUUUACGCAAUGUGGGAUCUUGUACCUCUGAUACCUCGAAGGAGGUCCGUUAUCGCGUCUGGUGGUCUCUAUAUAAUGUUGACCAUCUCCUUUCUGUCAUGACUGGACGUCCGUCAUGCAUCAUCGACAACUGCUGCACGACUCCACUUCCUGUACCAUUCGACGAAAGUGACUUCCAGAGAGAAGAGGUCGCCCAACUAAUCAGCACUACGGGAAGGGCCGCAGUCAGUCCUCUAGACCGGAUGUCUCUCAGCAACAGUGCGGCAAGCCUCGAAUCAAACGCAGAUUCCGACACCAACGACACACCCAUGGAGACCGACACAAAGAUGAGUCGAGCAGAAUAUCUCAAAAGUCUACCGCCAUGCGUGUCACUACACUUCCUCCAGUUGACAUCCCUCAACACCAUAGCCAAGCGGAUGACGGUGAAGCUCUAUAGCCCCGAGGCACUGCAAGCACCUUGGGCCAGCACCCAAUUUACAAUCCAGAGUCUAAUGCUUGAAAUUGAUUCCUGGUUCAUGAAUCUUCCUUCGGCAUACGACUUCACCUCUACACAGACCUCGCAAUGUCCCCUGGGCCAACGAAUGGGUCUAGCAUUUUUAUUUUACAGCACCAAGAUUGGAAUUACCCGUCCUUGCCUGUGCCGACUCGAUCCAUCGCCAGCCGAGGGCGAUAAAACCCACGAGUUCUGCAGCAAAACAGCCGCGGAGUGUGUGGAGUCAGCGUGCCAUAUGCUGACCUUGUUCCCGGAUACCCCCGAUGCAGCACUGCUACACCGCAUCUCUCCAUGGUGGUGCACACUUCACUACUUGAUGCAAGCAGCCACUGUGUUGCUACUGGAACUUGCCUACCGGGCGCAACAUGUCCCCGAAAAGGCGAUCAUGGUAUCAAAAGCAGCCAAGAAAGCACUGGACUGGCUCUCAACGCUAUCCGAAUCAAAUAUCGCAUCCGAGCGAGCCUGGAAGCUUUGCAAUGGUUUCCUCCGACGAUUGGUUCCCGAUGUGGAGAUAGAUAUGGAUGAAUUAUCGGGCAGCGACAAUGAAGAGUCAUCCGCAGCCUCUCUACUCGAUGCAACAGAUCUUGCUGAUGCUGCUGCUUUCCAAGACGAUCAACCCGUGGAAGAGAUUGCGUUUGACUCAUCUUUGACUCUACCAACUGCUGCUGCCACAUCCGCUGCGGAAAUUGCUGCGGAGAUGGACUCCCUUGCUUGUUCACCGAUGGACCAGGCUGGUACGUCGCUUGCCAUGCCUGUAUCCUGUAAUCUUGAACCGGAUCUACUGGACUUCAUCAAGCCAGAGAAAUCAGCUUCUGAUAGAAGUCCCUACGAUAGUUACUUCCCCUAUGACCCUGCGACGGGCCAAAUCACGGGCUCUUUUUUCCCGACAGGAUCGAACUUGGAUUUUGAUCUGGGAUAUACCUGGCCUGAUCCUGUUUGCUGA